ACCUCCUACAAAAAAAAAGUUUAUUUCUCAGCUCUUAUAUUUUCCUUCCACAUCUACCUUUUUUUUUUUUUCGCUCCAUUCAAAUUCUUCCAAUGGCUAGCUGUGACGCUGUGCUGGAAACUCUUUCCAAGCUUUCGCUUUCUCCAAAGACCGUGUCGCACGAGUCCGUUCCCGACAACAAAGCUUGGUCCACCGUCUUGUCUACUGCUGCCAACGACCUGACAUUCCAGCUCACCAAAACCCUGAUUCUUAAGCCCAAGACAGCCAAAACAGCCGCACCCACGCCCGUCGUUGUCAUUGCCUUGGAUGCCACCGAAACCAACGCUACGGCUUUAGGCAAACAUCUCGGUUUGAAGGAAUGCCGAUUUGCCAAUGAAGACCUUCUUCAAGGCACUUUUGGCGUCACCAAGGAAGCAGUGUCUCCUUUUGCUUUGAGCAAUGUGGCUGAUCUUGCUUCGAUUCACUUGGUGGUCGAUGCCGCUCUUCUCGCUCUUCCUGCUACCACCGUUCUUGCUUUCCAUCCUUCGGCCGCCGAUAAAACAAUCUUUGUCACUGUCGAAGAAUUGCAAAAGUAUCUGCAGUCUCUUUCCAAGGAAGCCGUUGAAGUUGAUUUCAAGGCUUUGGCCGCAUCUAAACCUGCUCCCGCUGCUGCCAAACCUGCUGCCAAGAAUGCCGGAAAGAAAGAAGCAACUUCGGCCUUGGUGGAGGAUGCUCAUCAGAUGGGUAUCGAGUACAAGAAGGACGUGGAUUUCCCCAAAUGGUACCAGCAAGUCUUGACCAAGAGUGAAAUGUUGGAUUACUAUGACGUCUCGGGUUGUUACAUUCUACGUCCUUUGGCUUACAAUGUCUGGAAGGAAAUCACCAACUUCUUUGAUGGUGAGAUCACCGAGAUGGGUGUGGAGGAUACUUACUUCCCCAUGUUUGUUUCCAACCGUGUGUUGCAGCGUGAGAAGGACCACAUUGAAGGUUUCGCUCCUGAAGUGGCUUGGGUCACCAAGGCCGGUUCUAGUGAUCUUGAAGAACCCAUUGCUAUUCGUCCCACUUCCGAAACCGUCAUGUACCCUUACUUCUCAAAGUGGAUUCGCUCUCACCGUGAUCUCCCCUUCCGUAUCAACCAAUGGUGUUCCGUCGUUCGUUGGGAAUUCAAGAAUCCCCAGCCUUUCUUGCGUACGCGUGAAUUCUUGUGGCAGGAAGGCCAUACGGCUCAUUUGACUUUGGAAGAUGCGGAUAAGGAAGUGCAUCAAAUUUUGGACUUGUACGAGCAGGUGUACAACGAUUUGUUGGCUUUACCUGUAGUCAAGGGCAUGAAGUCGGAGAAGGAACGAUUCGCAGGUGGUUACUACACUACCACCGUGGAAGGUUUCAUUCCCACCACGGGUCGUGCUAUCCAGGGUGGUACUUCUCACUGCUUGGGACAAAACUUUAGCAAGAUGUUCAACAUCACCGUGGAAGAUCCCAAUGCCGCUGCUAAUGCUACGGAGGAAGCCAAGAAACUUCACGUGUGGCAGAACUCGUGGGGUCUCUCUACCCGUACCAUUGGUGUCAUGGUCAUGGUUCACGGUGACGACAAAGGUCUCGUCUUGCCUCCCCGUGUCGCGCUUGUUCAGGCUGUUGUCAUCCCUUGCGGUUUGACGGCCAAGUCGACCAAGGAAGAUUUCGAUCGCAUCUACGAUAGCUGUUCCGAUAUUGCCAAGCGUUUGAAGAAGGCCGGUAUCAAAUCCAAGACUGACUUGAGAGACAACUAUACCCCCGGCUUCAAAUUCAACCACUGGGAAAUCCGCGGUGUGCCCAUCCGUCUUGAAUUGGGACCCAAGGAUCUCAAGAACAACCAAGUCACGGCGGUGCGUCGUGAUAACGGUGAAAAGGUUGCCAUUUCUUUGGACACCCUGGAAGCCGAUGUUCAGGCUCUCAUGAACAAGAUGCAGCGUGAAAUGUACGAGAAGGCCAAGGCCAAGAUGGACGAGUCGAUUGUCCGCGUCAACAAGUGGGAAGACUUUGUCCCCACGUUGAACGCCAAGAAGCUUUGUUUGAUCCCCUGGUGUGAUCGCAUGGACUGUGAAGAUGACAUCAAGGAACGAUCAACAAGAACUGCUAUGGAAGGUGAAGAAGAAGAUGAACGUGCUCCUUCCAUGGGUGCCAAGUCGCUUUGCAAGCCCUUCAAGCAACCCACCGAUACUCCCAUCAUUCCUGGCGAGACCAAGUGUGUUGCUUGCGGUCAAGAUGCUAAGCAUUACAUGUUGUUUGGCCGAAGCUACUAAACUGUUCAUAAUGUAAAAAAAAAAAUUCAGAAAAAAAGAAGAGAGUAAAAAGGGGACGCUCUUGCCGAUCCUUUUUGGGCAAGACACAAUGUCGACUGGCAUAGAAAUAUUUUUAAAAUAAAAAAAAAGAAGCCUCAUGUGUGAAUAUCCAUGCAUUUUCUGUUCUCC